CAUCAUUUCAUCAGGUCCUCAGGCGUUCAACGCUCACAUUCGAAGGGAGAGAGCGUUACCAGUUGCUCGAUUGAUUUGUAUAUAUCCUUUUUGAAUUUUAUCUCUGAACAUGUCUACGGCAUCCAAGUUUACUUUAGCCGCUACGGCCAUUGGAACAGCGGGGAUCGUCUAUUUUGUGCACUGGGCACAAGAAAAAGAGAGAGCAGAAAUGCACAAAGGCGUGGAAAGAGAUAUGGAGAAGCAGCGCAUUCGACAAGAACGCCAAGCUGAAUUCGAAAUGCAGAGGAGGCUCGAGGAGGAAUAUAGAAAGCUCCAAACCGUUUCAGAAAAUAAAGCUAGCACGAGUGGAUAAGACAAACCUGUGGGAUAAAGGUCAUGAUCCAUGAGGAAAACGACCGAGCCCGCUUGCGAUGUAUGAAAUUGGCUAACAGCUGAUCAUCAUUGAAUGACCCCAUAAUACACACGAGAUACACAACCCAUGACCACGAGGUCCUUCUGUCCUUGUACACUGUACACCACCUGAAGAAUGUCUUACUACUUAUACCCAAAUGCCAUUUGAGAAAAAAAAAGUAUUUUUAUGUCUGUACAUAUUGCUUGUUCAUUCACGUAUUGUUAGUGCUUGUACUUGAUACUAAGAUGCAUUGAUCACUGUUCUAUACUUGGAUAUUUAUCUUCUCUUUCAACAGAAGGAUUGAUAUGACUGCGGGUCACUGUUCCAACUAGCCCUACAGCUUCCAAUGAAAUACGGGGCAAUUAAGCAUAGCCUGGAGCAGACAAACCAAGUGUAUAUACAUCCAUAGUUGUACGGCCAGGCAAAAAUGCCGG